GGUAAUGGCAAGUAUAGAUGGCGCUCGUUUUCGAGGCACAAAUUUAAGGCGUGUUCAGCAUGGUUCAGCAACACGUGGUAUAAAUUGCAUUUUUAACCUUAAAUUGAAAAAUCGUUAUUGUAUUUUAACUAUGACAGCCAAAAAGCAAUUAAAACGUAAAAGAACGGAAAGUACAAACAAGGAAAAUGUACCAGAAACAAAGAUUUUACCAGCAAAAAGAAUGUCGGAUGAACCACCACCAAAGAAGGUAAAAUGGAUUAAUAAACAGAGGGUAUUAGUAUUUGCUACCAGAGGAAUCAGUUUUAGACAUCGUCAUCUUAUGGAUGAUAUAAAAACACUUAUGCCUCAUCAUCGUACUGAAUCUAAAAUGGAACGUACUAAAAACUUACAAGUAAUUAAUGAAAUGUGUGAGAUGAAAAAUUGUAAUAAAACAGUAUUAUUUGAAGGCAGAAGGAAAAAAGAUCUAUAUUUGUGGUUUUCUAAUAUUCCUACAGGACCUUGUGCAAAGUUUCUUGUUGAAAAUAUCUAUACUAUGGGAGAAUUAAAGAUGACUGGAAACUGUUUAAAAGGAUCUCGGCCUUUAUUAUCAUUUGAUGAAAAUUUUAAUACAAAACCACAUUAUAGUCUGUUAAAAGAAUUGCUUGUUCAAAUAUUUGGUGUUCCUAAUCAUCAUCCUAAAAGUCAACCAUUUUUUGAUCAUGUAUAUACAUUUAGUGUAUUAGAUAAUAGGAUAUGGUUUAGGAAUUUUCAAAUUUUGACUGAAGAUGGUGGUUUAGCUGAAAUAGGCCCAAGAUUUGUAUUAAAUCCAAUAAAAAUAUUUGCUAACAGUUUUGGUGGAGAGGUACUUUGGGAUAAUCCAAACUAUAUUUCUCCUGCUAAGUUCCGACAAUCUAUAAAGAAAAAAGCUGCAGGUAAAUAUAUAAACAAGGUAGAACAGAAAACAGCGAAAGAACUUAAUAAACCAAAAGAAUCUUAUUCAUUAAAUCCAAUGGAUGAAAUAUUCCAAAGUGAUCCAUUAGAAAAAGCAUUAGAAUUGAAGGAGAAAGAAGUGGAAGCGUCAAAGAAUACCAGUGAAACAAAAAAAGUAAAAAAAAGUUUUAAAGAAAAAAAACAUUUAAACAAAAAAAUUGGAGUAACGAAUUCUAAAAAGAGAAUUAAAAAAUAGAAAA